AUGCAUCACCACUCAGGGAGGCCAGAUCUAUCUCCAGGAGCCACUAGCACAUCUUCUGUCUUGUAUCCAGAACUGUUUGGCCUGGAGUAAACAGUCCUUACCCGACACUCGCCAUGACAGUGAUAUUUAUGAUAAUGAUGAUGAUGAUGAAGAAGAUAGUUUUCAACAUGACUUGGAAAAUCAACUGGACUCGAUCACUCGAAGAAUGAUUAAGAGUGAACUGGAAGACUUUGAACUGGACAAAUCAGCAGACUUUUCAAUAACGUCCAAUGUUGGCAUUAAAAAUAACAUCUAUGCUGCCCUGGUAUUGGGAGUCUAUGAAGUUUUGAUGGAGCAUAAUUUUAUAACUAGCAACUACAGCUUGAAUCAAUUUGAAAACGUCAUAAGCCUUUUCAACCGUUACCACAAGCUUUCGGACUUAUUGAAAGAGAAAUCUGGGAAAGGCAAGUCACCCUUCUCAAAUAAAACUGCCAGGAGUCUUCUCAGCUUCAGUUUUGUCUCCUGCUUACUGACGGCACUUUUCAGGGAUAAUACACAGAGCCAUCAAGAGAGUUUGUCUGUGCUGCGCUCCAGCAAUGAAUUUAUGCGAUACACAGUAAGUGUGGCAUUGCAGAAAAUACAACAACUUGAGGAGACGGGGCAGACAGAUGGACCAGAUGGCCAAAAUGCUGAGAAAAUAUUCAAAUACCUAUGUGAAAUCACUCGAGUUUUGCUGUGGAGAUAUACUUCAAUCCCAUCAGCAGUGGAAGAAUCUGGAAAGAAAGAGAAAGGAAGAACUAUUUCGUUACUGUGUCUGGAGGGAUUACUACGCACAUUUAACACGGUGCAACACAGAUACCAGAACAAGAUCCCACAGUUCCUCAAUGCAAUAGAUGUGGUGAGUGAUGGGGAAGGAGAACAGGAGGACAUCAACAUUACAGAGAAAGCAGCUUUCCACAUCAGACAGUUCCAGAGAUCCCUUGUGACACAACUGAGUGGGGAUGAAGAGGAUUUUAACAGCAAGGAAGCACAGCUUUUAGUGAGCAUACUGUCAACACUCUCUCGGCUAUUAGAACCCACAACUGAGCAAUUUGGCCAAAUGUUAACAUGGACUGUAAAAAUCUGCAAGGAAAAUAAUCUAGAAGAUGUACAUUUCUGUAAAGGGUUGAUGAGUAUGAUGUUUAGCCUGCACGUGCUGCGCAAAAGUCCAGCGAGCUUGCUGCAAGAGAUGUCUCGAGAUGUCCACUGUCGCCUAGGGGAUAUUGAUCAGGCCUGCCACGUCUGAUCAUAAUUGGUGGUAAACAAUUAAAAAUUAACCAGAGGAGAAGGCUUCACAAAAGUCCCCAUCACAC